UGUUAGCAUCGAACGUAUUUUAAUCGGUCUCACCUAUCAGACGAAUUAUCAACAUAAAGACGUAAUAAAUCUGAACAAAUUCAUUAUAAUUUUGGUGUCUCUUGUAUUGUCUUUGAUCGUGAAGUUGUUCGACGUUAUAUUUUGUCAAGAAGAUAAAAUAAAUAUAACGGAAAAUAAUAUUUUAAAAGGGCGAAUAUAAGGACAAGAAAAAAAAGAAAAAACCCUGAUUGAACAUCAAAGAAAGUAGAGAUUGACAUGAUGCGUUUAAAUUGAAAGACAAUGCAGUUAAACGAUGCGAACACUUUAUAUGGAAAAAAAGACUUGUUUCAUUGAUUAAAAUAUUUAAUAAUAUAAAUAUAAUAACAAAUACUAAAUAACAGUGAGGAGACAUGUGCAGAUGUUACGUAGUACAUUUAGGUGGAUGACAGGUUCUUCAAAUAUGGAUUCAAUUAAGGAUAAUGAGGGUCUCACUAUUAGUGAGAUUAAAGAAGAAUCUGAAAGUUCUGACUCUAUAGAGGUGGACAAUUCUAGAACAGUUUUAUUAAAGAUAGCUACAUUAUAUGCGGAACGUCUUAUGAAUGAUAUCUGUUUGGUUGUCGAUGGAGUAGAAUACCCAGCACAUCGUCUUAUCCUUUGUGCUUCUAGUGAUGUUUUCCAAGUAAUGUUAAUGAGUCCACAAUGGAGCGAAUCUCAAGAAAGUAGAGUAACAUUGCAAGAAACUCCUCAGUGUGCUCCAAUAUUUAGUGAAUUUUUGCGAUACUUUUAUACCGGUCAGAUAAGAAUUAAUCACGGAGUCGUUCUCCCAAUCUUAUCAUUAGCAGAUAAAUAUAAUGUUAAAGAUUUAAUAUCGUUGUGCCUUGACUAUAUGCAAGAUCAUAUUGCUUUGGCUGCUAUACAUGGUACAUUAGUAUCAUGGUUACAAUAUACUUCUAAUUGUGGUCACCACGAUAUUACUCAAUCAUGUCAAAAUUUUAUUAAAUGGAAUUUAGAAUUAGUGGCCAAAACAUCAGACUUUGGAAAUUUUGAUUUGGACAUAUUAGUGUCGUUGUUACAUCAAAGUAGUUUAGUUAUAAAAGAUGAGAUGACACUUUAUAAGUGCCUGGAAUCAUGGUUGGAUCAUCAGGCAAACAGAUUAAAAACUCAAUUAUUGCCUGAUGAAUUGGAGGCAACAUUAAAGCAAUUAGUGGUAGCUGUUAUGUCACCUGUUAGAUUUCCAAUGAUGUCUCCUAGACAACUGGCAGAAUUACUUUUAUCACCAUUAACGAAAAAGUACAAAGAAUUUUUUGUAGAACGUAUGUCCAUCGGAAUGUCCUUUCAUUCUGGACAGAUUGAGAGAGUGAAGGAGGUUUGUUUGAACGAGGAAGAUGGUGCAUUAUUAUUUGAGCCAAGGCUUUACACAGUGGACACGUGUAGUUCUUUACUUACAAUAGAAAAUUUUCAUGGAUUGCCAUCUUAUCAUACAAGAACGCUUGUGUUCUCAAGUCAUUCCUGUCUUGCAGAAUAUGCUGGCGAUAAGGCAUGCGAAUGGGUCGUAGAUAUUUAUCCAAAAGGUGUUUGGUUUAAAAAGUUUUUCCUUAUUGUAUGGCAAGGGACCGUAGAAAUGCCUGAACACGUUAAACGUUCUGUUAGAUUGUCUUUAACUUGUAAGGAACCUCCGGUUAAUAGUGAUACUGAUAUGAGAGUAAAAAUAGGUGUUCUGAUAUAUGGACUCCAAGAUGGAGUUGAACAUAUUGCAAGAGUGACAGAAAUAAUACAUAGAUUUAGUAAAAAAGAACGAGUACUCAAUCUGGAUGAUUUAUUACCAUUCGAAGAGCUUAAUCCACAACAAGGUUCUGUGACAGAAAAUACAGUAUCUCCAUUCUUAGUUGGGCCCAAUAAAGAUAUACUUAAAUUGCAUAUAGUCAUCUCUCCAGCCAAUUAAUAUAUAAAUAUAGAUAUUUUGUUGUAUUAAAUGCGUACAAGAAAACAGGAAUGAAAUAACGUUUUUUUUUCUCUCUCUAGCAAUGAAAUUGUAUUCUGUAUCCGAUGGUCCACCAUCUCUCGCAUGUCGUCAGGCGCUGAAGUUUUUAAAAAUUAAUUAUGAAUUGAUUGAUGUAGAUUUUGGUAAAGGGGAUCAUAUGACUGAAGAAUAU